AACAACGAAGUCCCCUAUGAAAAGUUGUCCAACGAGGAAAAGGAACUCUUGGCCGAGCCCAGAGCCUCGGAUGUAGUCGAUGUGUGUAUUGUAGGGGGUGGCCCUGCUGGUUUAGCUACGGCAAUCAAACUCAAGCAAUUGGAUAACGAGACUGGGUCAGGCGAAUUGCGAGUAGUAGUAUUGGAAAAGGCCGGAGACUUUGGCUCACAUACUGUGAGCGGGGCCGUAAUAGAGCCUGGUGCUUUCAGGGAGUUGUUCCCCAACAGCGAAUAUACUGAGCAGACUGGAGGCAUCCCUCUUCCUCCAGAUAUGGUCACCAAGGUAACUCACGAUGCAAUGAAGUAUUUAACUGAAAAGAAAGCGUAUUGGUUGCCUGAGCCUCCUCAAUUGGCCAACAAGAACAAGAAUUACAUCGUGUCAUUGAGUAACGUAGUCCGAUACUUGUCUGAGCAAGCUGAAGAGUUGGGCGUGGAAUUGUAUCCUGGAAUUGCUGUGUCUGAGUUGGUGUACAAUGAAAUGGGAGAUGCUAUUAAGGGUGUGGCUACGAAGGAUUUGGGUAUUUCCAAGAAAGGUGUGCCUAAGAGCUCAUUUGAACGAGGAAUGGAGUUCCAUGCCAGAGUCACUGUUUUGGCCGAAGGAUGCCAUGGAUCACUAACCAAAGAAGCUGUUGCCAAGUUUGACUUGAGAAAGGACAGUGAUCCUCAGACUUAUGGUUUGGGUAUUAAAGAAGUCUGGGAAGUCGACCCCAAAAAGUUCAACAAAGGUUAUGUAGGCCAUUCGUUGGGUUUUCCACUUUCCACCCAAGAAUAUGGCGGUGGAUUCAUGUACCACUUUGGAGAUGGUCUCGUAGCGGUAGGAUUGGUUAUCGGUUUGGACUACGCAAAUCCCUACGUUUCACCCUAUCUUGAGUUUCAAAAGAUGAAAACUCAUCCAUAUUACGCCAAUGUGCUAGAGGGAGGAAAGUGUAUUUCGUACGCAGCCAGAACUUUAAACGAAGGAGGCUAUCAGUCCAUUCCUCAGUUACAUUUCCCUGGUGGAAUCUUGGUAGGUUGUUCUGCUGGUUUCGUGAAUGUCCCCAAGAUCAAGGGUACCCAUACAGCUAUCAAGUCUGGUAUUGUUGCUGCUCAAGAAAUCUUUAACACAGUCAAAGAGUUGGACCCAGUAGAAGAAGAAACUUUUGAAGAUGAAGUAUACAAUCCAAUUGACUUGGUAGCCUACGAGAACUCGUUCAAGGACUCCUGGGCGUACAAGGAGUUGUAUGCUGUGAGAAAUUGUCGUCCAGCAUUUAACACUGCUCUUGGAUUCCUUGGUGGUUUGAGUCAUUCUGGGUUCUCGACUAUGAUCUCAUUUGGUAAAGAACCAUGGACAUUGGGUAUCCACCAUACUGAUGCUGAUGCUACUCAUCGUGCUGAUAACUACAAGCCUAAAGAAUACCCUAAGCCAGAUGGAAAGUUGACCUUUGACAUCUUGACCUCAGUCUCCAGAACUGGUACUCAUCAUGAUGAAGAUGAAAGGUGUCAUUUAAGAAUUCCAAACCAAGACUACACCAGACACGCUGCUAUGACGUUCCCAGCUUACAAAGGUAUCGAACAAAGGUUCUGUCCCGCUGGAGUUUACGAGUUCAUUGAGGACGACAGUGAGUUGGGAAUCAAGUUCCAGAUCAACAACCAGAAUUGUAUUCAUUGCAAGACUUGUGACAUCAAGUCACCAAUGCAAGACGUUACGUGGACAGUUCCCGAAGGAGGAGAUGGUCCAAAGUAUUAUAUGACCUAA